AUGGAAGACAAAUCCAGUUCGUUCUCCAGCAACAAGGAGGAGAAGGCGGAUGGGAAUAAUGUUUUUCAGAGGCAAGACUCCAUACAGAUAAAUAACACGGGGAGUCAGAACAUGAAGGAACACAGCAACUCAGUGAGCUUCAAGGGGGAGCGGGAAGAGGCCAUGGUCGGUUUUGACGAUCUGGAGGGGGCGGCCAGGCAACAUGGUUUUAUGCAGAGGCAAUUUGGGGCCAUGAUGCAGCCCGGAGUCAAUAAGUUCUCCUUGCGUAUGUUCGGCAGUCAAAAAGCCGUGGAGAAAGAACAGGAGCGGGUGCAAACGGCCGGAUACUGGAUCAUUCAUCCAUAUAGCGAUUUUAGGUUCUACUGGGACUUGAUAAUGCUCAUCAUGAUGAUGGGAAAUCUAAUUAUCAUUCCUGUGGGAAUAACCUUCUUCUCAGAGGAGACCACCACGACCUGGUUGAUUUUCAACGUGGCCUCGGACACAAUCUUCUUGGUGGACCUGGUCAUGAACUUCAGGACGGGGAUCGUGAACGAGGAGAGCUCCGAGAUCAUCCUCGACCCCAAGGUCAUCAAGAUGAAUUACCUUAAGAGUUGGUUCGCCGUGGACUUCCUGUCCUCCAUUCCAGUGGAUUAUAUCUUUUUGAUAGUGGAGAAAGGCUUUGACUCUGAAGUGUAUAAAACAGCCCGGGCCCUGCGAAUCGUUCGCUUCACCAAGAUUCUCAGUCUCCUGCGUCUGCUGAGACUGUCCCGGCUCAUCAGAUACAUACAUCAGUGGGAGGAGAUUUUCCAUAUGACCUAUGACCUGGCCAGUGCCGUGGUAAGAAUAUUUAAUCUAAUAGGAAUGAUGCUGCUGCUGUGUCACUGGGAUGGCUGUCUCCAGUAUCUGGUGCCUCUCCUCCAAGACUUUCCCCCCGACUGCUGGGUCUCCCUAAACGGGAUGGUUAAUGUUUCCUGGGGUAAGCAGUAUUCUUAUGCCCUCUUCAAAGCCAUGAGCCACAUGCUCUGCAUUGGCUACGGCGCCCGGGCACCUGUCAGCAUGUCUGACCUGUGGAUCACCAUGCUCAGUAUGAUAGUGGGAGCCACCUGUUAUGCCAUGUUUGUGGGCCACGCUACAGCUUUAAUCCAAUCACUGGACUCCUCGCGCAGGCAAUACCAAGAGAAGUAUAAGCAAGUGGAACAAUACAUGUCCUUCCACAAGCUUCCAGCAGACAUGCGGCAGAAAAUACACGACUAUUAUGAACACCGAUACCAAGGCAAAAUCUUUGAUGAGGACAACAUCCUGAGUGAACUCAACGACCCACUUAAAGAGGAAAUCGUCAACUUCAACUGCCGUAAGCUAGUGGCCACCAUGCCACUGUUUGCUAACGCAGACCCCAACUUCGUGACGGGGAUGCUGAGUAAACUAAAGUUCGAGGUCUUUCAACCCAAUGACUACAUUAUUCGGGAAGGUACAGUCGGGAAGAAGAUGUAUUUUAUCCAGCACGGUGUUGCGAGUGUCAUCACCAAGUUCAACAAAGAGAUGAAGCUGACGGAUGGUUCAUAUUUUGGAGAAAUCUGCCUGCUCACCAAAGGCAGACGAACAGCCAGCGUGCGUGCGGACACCUACUGUCGACUCUUCUCUCUCUCCGUUGACCAUUUUAAUGAGGUGCUAGAAGAGUAUCCCAUGAUGAGGCGAGCUUUUGAGACGGUUGCUAUCGACCGACUGGACCGCAUAGGGAAGAAGAACUCCUUGCUGCUGCAGAAAUUUCAGAAGGACCUGAACGCUGGCGUGUUCAACACCCAGGAGAACGAGUUGUUGAAGCAGAUCAUCCGUCAGGACAGGGAGAUGGUGAUGAUGGUGGACCGCAAACAGUCAGUCACGGGGAUGAACUCAACGCCACUGUCAGGAAACUCCAUCAUUAACUCACCAGCACAACCGCCCUUCUCCACUGCCUUUGGCACCAACCAGCUCCAGCAGUCUUCUGUGCCCCUGACCUACAGUGCUUCAGCUAUUGCCAAUGCAUCUGCUGCUCGCAUGCUGCCAGUUGCUGCAGCUGCUGCUGCUGCUGCAGUGCAGGGGAUUUAUCCUGCUCCAAGUGUUUCUCAUGGCAACCUACAUUCUUCCACCAACCCACAGACCCCACUGCAGCAGGGAAUCAUGUCACCCUGCUCCUUCACCACCGCCAUAUGCAGUCCGCCGGUGCAGACGCCCAUGGCUAGCCGAAGCUUCCAGUACGGCUCGCCCACAGCCUCCCAGCUGUCGCUUAUCCAGCAGCCCAUCGUGCAGCCUUCUCUGUCCGCACAGCAACAGCUCGCUCAGCAGCCCUCCGUGUCACCUGUGUCAGCUGCUGCCUCUGCAACUCAGCAGCAGCAACAGCAACAGCAACAGCAGCCGUCGCCUCAGCAGCAGCAGCAGGUCCCUUCGCCACAGCGAGGAGACUUCCACAAGAGCACACAGGCUCUUCAUUCAGGCAGCUUGAGUCGAGAUGUCCGACACUUGUCGGCCUCCCAACCGUCACUACCACAUGACACAUCUGUGGGCCCCAGAGCACAUCCUGCCUCAGGAGACUCUCUGGCCUCCAUCGCGCCGCCCUCAGCAGCAGCAGCGAUCCAGGGCAUGAAUCUGCAGGCCGGCCUCCGCACCACGGUGCCCCAGAGGGUCAAUUUAUUCCGACAGAUGUCAUCAGGAGCUCUGCCCCCGGUUCGCUCCGCCGCUGCCGCCGCCGCGGCAGUGGCGGCGUCGUCGUCAACACAGCACAGGGAAUCCCCUGGAUCUCGGAGAGAUUCUGUCCUGAGCAGUACAGAGACUGAGCAAGACAAAAUGCGUUUUGCAUCGAAUUUAUGAUUCCAUUUUCUGUUUCCAUCUUUUUUCUUUUUUUUUUUUUACUUAAAUAUAUUUGUUUAUUUUGAAAAUGGAGAUCUAGCGAAGGAGGUGUAAAUGAGGACCUUCAGCAUUUUUGUUUCUCUCCAUUUAUUUUAAAAAUAACCUCAAAUACUUCUGUACAUAAAACCCUUGUAUUAUAUUUUAGACACG